AUGCAAGCCUACCACUCGGUCUCUUCAUCGACCUCGUCUUCUCAACACCACCAACACCAGAACAGCGGCACAUUUCCUCCGACCAAUGCAUCAUUGACCAUCGACCCAGCUGCCCUCCUUGGUGGAGGGCCCACACCGACACCCGCGCCAUCGACAUUAGCCAACAGUCGCAACAACUCAGCAGCCACACCAAUGACGCUCAAGCAGGAGCCAGAUGAUGGGCAAUCAACCACCUUUGAGCACCACACAACCCACGCAAAGCGUGAACGGGAGCAUCGACCCAAAGCAACAGAUGUCGAUGCAAGUAAGCAGAGGUCAAUAUCAGCAACCCCUCGAGCUGGCAACCAACAGGAUGACGGCAUGUCUCCUGUCAUCCACCUGGUCGAUACUCAAAUCAAGACCGAGAAGGAGCCGGCCACGUUGGUAGACGAGCUUCUUCAGCGCGACCAUAAGGCCAUCCUGCGUCCCGACUUAUCGCCCUUUGCAGACGCUCGCGAUGCCCUUCGCCGAUUGCUGCCUUACCAUGUCUGGAACAUCCCACACCAUGACCUGCUCAAGGCUCUUGAUCUGAGUGAGGACCCUGUUCUGAGUCAAGUCAGGGUACGCAAGCAUCGACGUAUCGCACGGCUGGCCGACUGCAAGCGUUCGGAGGCAAGGCAUACAGCGACUGCGCCGUCAUCAUCUCAAGCUCAGCAGGAUGAUUCAGCUCAAACAUCUGCUCAGCCCGGCCCAUCGACAAUGAAAGCUGACGAGCAACAGCUCAAAGAAGCAGGAGCCGAACCCAAGAAAGAAAAACACUCAGAAGAUCGUCAGCGGCUGAAUGCAGCUGACCACGAUGCAGCGCUGAACCAGCUCGGACUGCCAAUACCACUACCAGAAGUCCCCCAGCCAGAUUUCCCAUCCCUCGACUUUGCCGAGUCCAUCUUCGCACGGCGAGACGCUCUUGCCUCACGCUUUCGACGAACACUUACCGCCUUGGAUACGGCACACAAGAGGGCACCAAACACCUCGUUAUCCCUCGAGCAUCUCGAAAGGCUCGCCUACAACGAUGACCGCGAAGAAGUGCUUGCUCAGAUUCAAGAGCUCAAAGCACUCAAGGCCAAGCUCGAAACAUUAGAAGAGCAGAAAGGCAUCGAUCCGAAAAAGUCCUCGGCCAAAGUCAAUCUCAGCUUCGCCAUCACAGACGAGAUCGAGCGAGAGCGCGAAAAGGAACGGGAAAUCGAGAGGAUCAAACGUCAACAGGAGAGAGCAGCUGCCAAAGCUGCCAAGCUUGAGAAGGAACGAGAAAACAGGCACAGACUUGGCAUCUUCACUCCACCGCCAGAACCUCCCGCAGCGCCAGCACCUGUAGCCAGCACAACGACGACAACAGCCCCAUCGCCUACCUCGACUGCGCCUGUAACUCCCGCACCAGCCGGAGUCGUUCCUUCCACGUCAGGUCUGCUGACAUCAGCAACCAUGCAAAUGCCAAGCCCUUACUCGGCGGUCAGCACACCAGCCAGUACACCUGGAGGCUAUCCUUUCUCACCAGGUGCCAAUCUCCCUUACGCGCAGCAGUAUCAGAUGAGUCAGGCUGGACCGAAUGGCAUCGCGAUGCCAUCGCCGCAAAUCGGGCCAGGGUCAGCGUACAGCUCGAUGCCUGGCACUCCUUUGACUCCCGGUGCUGUGCCACCAUUUGCUAUGAUGCCCGGCGCUCAUGGAUUCGGAUCUCAGGGCAUGCCGAUGCCCCCUGGCGUGGCUGCGAUGGGUACACCCACGUCUGCACCGUUUGCAACCGCUGGCCCUAGCAUACCAGGAACACCUGCAACACCCACGGCGACGCCGUCAAAGCCCCCGAGCAAAAGCAAAGCCAAAGCCAAAGCCGCAGCCACUUCAGGUACACCCGGCGCACCGGGCACUCCCGGUAACCCAGGCGUUACACCUGGCCCAACACCACAUCGAGGCCGAGGAAGGCCGCGCAAGCAUCCUUUGCCAGGCACGCCAGGCGGUCCCCCUAUCCCCAAACCGCGCAACAAAAAGCUGAAGCCUGGUGAGCCUGGUGCAUCUGGAUCAAAGCCUGCGACUCUAGGAACGCCGAGUGGAACCGCAAUGUCUCCGCCCUCUGUGCCAGCAGGUGCAGGGGCAACGGCAAUGCGACCGCCUUCAGCAUCACCGGCACCACCGACGAUGCCAGGACCUGCUCCUGGCUACUCGGGCGAGAUGUUUGCAUCGGCAUUGCCUCCAACACCGACGGCAGUCCGGCCUCCUGCAGGCUCGCCACCAGCCAGUGCACCGGUAGUAAUGGAUGUGCGACCUCCAACGAUGCAUCCCACGCUCACCAGUGCCACCAGCUUAAACAUGCCGUGUGCUACGCCGCCGCCUUCCAAGCCGUCUGCUUCCCCCUCUCCUGCUCCGUCUACUGCUGCCGCAGCGACAAAGGAGACGCCAGCGAAGUCACCAACGCCCACUGCAAACGGCACCGCGUCUGCCCCACCUGCACCUGCACCUGCACCUUCUCCAGCGCCCGCACCAGCAGCGGCACCGGCAGCAGCAAAUCCCUCAAUCCCCAAUCAUCCGAUCCCGCUGCUCAUUCCAGUCGCAUCACUCCCUCGCCUCUCUGCACUCGGCGUUUCACCGGUCCCCAGCCCACACAUUCGACCGAUCAUUGGCCUCAACGGCCAACCACAGGGUCUGCAAGGCUUACCCAUCCCUAUCGACCCAGCUCAGAGCGUGCCCGCUGUGCUCCUCGGCAUCAGCGAAGGUGCAGCAGAAGCAGCAAACGGCGAAGGAAAGCAGCAAAUCUUGCACAUCUCAGUGGUGCUUAGCAGAUUGAGUCCCUCGCAGUUGAGUGGACUGGCAGUGUUGAUGCAGAGUUUACAGGCUCAGGUUGAGGCAGAUAAGCGCAAGUAG